UUUCUUUGCCUCCAUGGGAAAUGCUACCUACUUUUCAAACUAAGUACACAAAGAGCCACGUGUUUUCUUCUAUCAAACUUGAUAUCUCUCACCUAAUAUUUCCUUUCCUCAAGUCUUAAAUCACUUCGAUACCUUCAUUUUCAGGCCAAAAUACAGUCCUGCUGUAUAUAUAUUUUUUUAUCUAAACUAGUUUAUGAAAAAAAUUUAGCAGAUAAGUUCAAAUGUGAAUUUUUUUGGAAAAUAUAUACUAUUUUCUAUCUUCAUUAUUGUUAAAUAUUUAUAUAUUUUUUCUUCUUGGAUAAAUUCUUGAUGAAUAUAAUGCCUAGUCUCUUUGAUAAUUGAGAAUGACUCUGCCAAUGGAUUAUCUUGGAUAAAAAAUAUGACAAAAUUCCUUGAAUAUUCAGGUUUGAGGUUUUCCCAAAGAAAAAUAUAUCUGUCCACUCUAAAUUUCGGAGACUAAUUCUUUAGCUGACCAGUUUGCAAAAAUGAAUGGUAACAUACCUCAAAAUCUUAUUGCUUGUUGUUGAUGGUUUAUUAUCUUGCUGUUUAUGCUCCUUUUUUCUAUUUUUCGGUUCUUCUUUGUGGGUUGCAUUAAACUUUUGACGGAAGUAACUUGUGAAAUGGGUUAUUGAGAUUGGUUGUCAAUUUGGGAUGGAAUCUUCCGUCUUCGAUACUUAUUUUAGCCACUUGAAUAGUCAUGCUUGAGAGGUGUUUGUUAAAAUGUGGCUAAAGAACUUUGUUUCGUCUUCAAUGGAUUUUUUUAUAAUCACGGGACAUAGUAGGGGAUCGAGUUAGAUUUAAGCAUUUGGUAGAUAAUUCCAUGAUGAUUUUAUACUGCUCUUUUUUCAUUUUAAUAAAACUUGCUUUUAUCUCUAAAAAAAAUAUACUUCAUGAUUUCAAAGUAUGUAGCAUUCUCUUUAGAUUUUGUGUUCUUCAAUCACUAUUCUUCCAAUAUUCUUCACAAAUGGAUUAGCAUUGGGUUCGAGGAGACAAAAGAAAUUAAUUCCAUGAAAGCAAUAAGAGAUAGACAGAUCUUCUUUUUGUAGUUCCACAUACCAGCGCCAUUAUUAACUCCAAGAGCUUAUCUGGGAGGAUAAGAUCUUCAAAUCCCUCCAUAAUCAAGAACGAUAAUCUCUUGUCCUUUUAAGCUACGAAAUGUAAUCUUGUAAAGCUUCUUCGUUAGAUUGUUGCAGGAGAAUAUGCUGAUCUACCAAGUCAUCCCCAGCAAAAGCCUGGAGUUCUUCAUAUUUUGUCUGGAUCACUCACAAUGCAUGUCAUACCAUCUGUAGCGAGAGUGCAUUGUCCCCGCCGAACCAAUUGGGUUUCCUAUUUGCAAGAACUACUCUGAAGCUGAUAUAUUUGAAGGAGAUCUUAAUAUUCCUUCUUUCACAAAUUUGAGCAAAACCCUCAUAGGAUAGGAGCAGCGCCAGCUUAAUAUUGCCCCACUUGACCAGCUACUUUCCACAAAAAAUUUGUGGUUCAUCUACUUGACCUCUGUUCUUCAUCUUUUCCAAAUAAUUUGAAGAAGAAAUCUGCAGGGACAAGGCUUUAUAUUUAUGGAGUUUGUAGGGCCAAUGUUUGAAGUGUUAAAGUACAUUGGGGGUCAAAUCAAGAGUUACACAGAUCAUCACCGGAAACUUGAAGGAAAUAUGAAUAAUCUUAAAAGAAAACUGGACGAGCUAAAUGUUCGAAAGCAAGACCUUGAAUUAAGAAAGGAAGCGGAGAUUCGUUGCGGAAAAAGGAUGAAGAAAGAAGUGGAGAACUGGUUUGAAGAUGUACAAAAGAAAAACACUGAAGUGGGAAAAAUUCAAGGAAAGUUUGGGGAUGUGUCAUACUUCUCACGUGCUCACCUAGGAAAACUGGUUUGCCAAAAGAUUGAAGAAGUCGAGAGAAUUUACCAACAAGGCUAUUUCCCUGAAGGCGUGGCAGUUGAUGGUCCUCCAGUCUCCGGGGUGACAUUACCAAUGCCAAAUCUAGAAGGUGAAAUUGAUGUAAAAGAACGAAUUUGGGAGUACCUGAUGGGUGAUGAGGUUGGAAUGAUUGGAGUGUGUGGAAUGGGUGGAAUAGGAAAAACUACCAUCAUGAAGCAUAUCAAUAAUCAACUGUUGAAAGAAAGUGAACAGUUUGAAAAAGUGAUAUGGGUCACCAUUUCGAAGGAAUUGAAUAUAUUCCAAUUGCAAGAAGAUAUUGCAGAUUCUUUGAAACAAUCUCUUCCAAAAGGUGAAUUGGAACGAGCAACAGCAUUGAAGGAUAUUUUGGAGGGAAAGAGAUAUGUUUUGAUCUUAGAUGAUGUUUGGAAACGGUUUUCUUUACUGGAUGUAGGAAUCCCUGAACCAACAUUAGGUCAGGGGAAGAAAAUGGUACUCACUUCCAGAUCUAUUGAGGUUUGCAAAUCUAUGAGUUGUAAAGUGGUCAAAGUGAAGCCUCUUUCAAAAGAAGAGUCCAUGAGCCUAUUCUUAGAUCAUGUGGGGCAUAAUGUUCUUCAAAACAAAAAUGUUGGAGACAUUGUCAGCAAAAUUGUUGAGCAAUGUGGUGGUUUACCGCUUGCCAUUGUAACCAUAGCUGGUGGCAUGAAGGGGGUAGAAGAUCUUUGUGAGUGGAGGAAUGCACUAAAUGAAUUAUGUGAGCGAGUGAAAAGUGUGAAAGGAUUGGACACUGAAAUAUUUGAGCAUUUGAAGUUUAGUUACGACCGUUUGGGAGAUUCAAAAAUCCAAAAUUGUUUCUUAUAUUGCUCCUUGUAUCCUGAAGAUCAUAAAAUUCAAAAAGCAAGAUUGAUUGAAAGUUGGAUAGACGAGGGACUCCUCAACGACUUUGGGACCAGAGAAGCAAUGCAUGACAGAGGCCAUAGCAUUUUAAAUAAGCUUGAAAAUAAUUGCUUGUUAGAGAGGGCAGGACAUUAUUCAGGCUUGGGAGAAUGCGUUCAGAUGCAUGAUGUUUUAAGAGACAUGGCAUUGUAUAUUGUAUGUAGUCAAUACAUGGUAAAAGCUGGUGGGGAAUUGAAGGAAAUACCAAGUGAGCAUGAAUGGACAGUAGAUCUUGAGAAGGUUUCUUUAAUGAAAUCACAAUAUUCAAAAAUUCUUCUGCAGAUGUCACCCCGAUGCCCUCAUUUAUCAACCUUGUUACUGCAAGAAAAUUGGGAUUUAAAAGGUAUUCCAGAAUCUUUCUUUAAGCACAUGCCUGGGCUUAAAGUACUAAAUCUUUCUGGUACUUUGAUUAAGGAUCUACCCAAUUCAAUCUCAAACUUGAAAAAUCUCAAUGCAUUGAUACUAGCUCAUUGUGAGAUGUUACAAUAUGUGCCUUCGUUGGCAGAGCUCAGAGCACUGAGAAAGCUGGACCUUUUUAUGACUGCAAUACAAAAGGUUCCUCAUGGCAUAGAAUUGUUAGAAAAGCCUAACAUACUUCGUGUCUGGUCAAGGUUUCUAAAGGAGGUACCAGUUGGAAUAUUGCCGACGCUUUCUCAUCUCCAGUGCUUAAUAUUAAAUAAGCAUUUAAGAGGAGAAGAAGUAGGCAAAUUGAGGAAGCUUGAGAUACUUGAAUGUUCAUUUUGUGACAUCCAAGAGUUUGAGGAAUAUGCAAAGUCUAUACAAGGUAAAUGGCCUACAUAUUUUUAUUUGCAAGUAGGAACAUCUGAGUUGUCAUUUUCUCUGUAUUCGGUGGUCUCAAGUUUAAAGCAAUUUUGGAACGGGAUAACUUUUGUGAAUUGUGAGAUGGAGAAAAUGGAUCACAUAGAACUCCCAAAUGGUCUCAGUGUUUUAUGUAUCGAGAAGAGUGAUGAUUUCAACUGUUUAAGCAAUAUUCCUUGCUUUCAUAAAGCAACUGAGUUGAAGAGUUGUAAUAUUUGGAACUGUGAAGGGAUAGAUUGUGUGGUUGACUUGUCAUUAUCGUCUUUAAACGGACUUCCCAACCUUGAGCUGCUUAGGCUUUUGAAUUUGGGCAACUUGAGUGAACUUGUGAAAGUAGGAUCAGUAGCGGUUGAAUGGACAUCUCAUGCUCCAACACCACUUGCCAUCUUCUCUUCUCUUAAACUGUUGUAUAUGGAUAAUUGUUCAAAGAUUAAGAAGUUGUUUCCAGUUGAGCUGCUGCAAGGCCUCCAAAACUUAGAGUAUAUUGAAGUGCAUUCAUGUUGGGAAAUGGAGGAAAUAAUAGCAUCAGAAGAAGAAGAAAAUCACAAAGGAGAAGGAACGACAUUUAUUCUACCCAAAUUAAAGAAAUUGGCUAUGAGAGACCUACCAGCACUGAAAAGCAUUUGUGGUGGUGGAUCUGUGAUUCGUUCUCUUCAAGAUCUUCAAAUAAUUGACUGUCCGGAACUAAAGAGGAUCCCGUUGGCUCUUCCCCCGCUUGAAAAUGGGCAACCAUCUCCUCCUCCUUCUCUACAACUAAUCAAUGUUAGGCCGAGUGAAUGGUGGGAAUCAUUGGAAUGGGAUCACCCUCAAGCUAAGCAUGUCCUUUCACCCUUUGUUUCUCAUUAGAUAAUGAGAUUAGGGGGAAGACCUUUUUGAAUAAAUGAACUUUGACUGCUCUCUCACUGGUUCUUAAUAUUAUCAAUGACAGCAAAACCCCACUCGCUGAUGGAACUCAAUCGAACGGCCAUUUUUUGGUGGAGCUCCGCUCCAUGUGCAAAAUCACCUUAUUGGUAUGGGUGUCAAUGUAGGGUAGGAUGAACUUAAUUCAAAACUUGUUUCCUUCUUUUGUAAGUAAUGGAAUUUGGAUUUUGUUGUAAAUUUUAAACCAAGUAGAUUCUAAUUAUAUGGGAUGGUUAAUUAAUUUCCUUGAUUAUCUCAUUUUUUUUCAAUCCAUUCUUCAAUGAUUCAUUUUUCAUUUAUGCUUUUGGAGAUUAAUUACUAAUGUCUUUAUUUUUAACUCCUUAUUUUAAACUCUAUUUCAUUCAUAUGAUCAACUUCUUAGAACAUUAUCCUGCUCGUCGAUC